UUGUUAAAAUUCACAUGUUUAUUUUAUAAGCAAAUUUUAGUUUGUGGUGAUGCAAAUACACUGAAAUAUAAGGGUCGCACUGUAACAUCAGAAGAUGAAAGAUACGAAAGUGUGCGUCACUGUCGUUAUGUGGAUGAAGUGUACAAGGAUGCUCCGUGGUAUUGCACCGUUGAAUUUCUCAAAGAACUGAAGAUCUUUGAUUUGAUUACAUUUCAGGCUCGUCGAUAUCAGUUGCAGAAUCAGAUGGACCAGCUGAAACAGAAAAGUAUGGAAAUUUUAAGAACAUGGCGUAACAAGAGAGAUGAUUUCAUACGCGGAUUCCUGGAAACCUUGCAAAUGGAUGGUGGAAUUGGUUUUAAUAUUGUUGGUAACCGAUUGAGAACGCUUGUAUCACGCAGUCCAUCACCGCUCGAAUAUGAAGAGCAAGCGGAAGAGGAUACGGUCGAUGCCUCGUCAUCCCUGGACGAAAAUGGCUCAUCAUCAACUGAUUCGAGCAGUCGAAAUGGUGUCUCGUACUGA